GUGUCAGCUGUUGCUUGGUAACCAGAUGCUUUCAUUAAUUGAUAAUGUCCUGAUAUUUGUCAAGUGCCCUGAGUUUCUCCCCACUUGACGAUCAUACACACACACACACACACGCACACGCACACAAUCAGUUCUCAUCCUGCCCCUGAUGAAUUGCUUUUGUUCCUCUAACUGCCGGGUGGAUCAUGCGGCGCUCUUGAAUUUGAGUUUGAUUUGAUGAGAGCAGAGUGCAGCUCAUGUAGCAGCAGCAGCAGUUAAUUGUAUCCUGACGGAUGACUCAUGUCACAUGUAAUGUAAUCUCUCGCCAAUGUCAUACGUUUGCAGACCAAGUGCCACCAGUACUGGCCGCAUCCGCCGGAAGUGAAGGAUUAUGGGCACAUGCGAGUGAAGUGUCACUCUGAGGAGUGUAACCUGGCGUAUGUGACGCGACAGUUCACACUGACACACACACAGCGAGGUGAGGAACGUAAAGUCACACACUUGCAAUAUGUCGCGUGGCCCGACCACGGCGUACCCGAUGAUCCUUCAGACUUCCUGCUGUUCAUCAGCUCGGUCAGGGAGAGGAGGCGAGGUGAAGAGCCACUAAUGGUACACUGCAGCGCUGGGAUUGGACGGACAGGUGUUCUGAUCACCAUGGAGACGGCGCUAGCUCAGCUGGAUGGGGGUCAGCCGGUGUUCCCGCUGGACAUCGUCAAAACUGUGAGGGACCAGCGAGCCAUGAUGGUUCAAACCACGUGUCAGUUCCAGUUUGUGUGUGAGGCCAUUCUGCGAGUCUACAAAGAGAAACAGGAGGGAUCUUCAGCACCGUAGCUCCAAUCAGCAACAGGACCAAAACAGACACACUUCCAGUUUCAUCCUCAUCUCAUUGCAGGCAACUGCCACAGAAGGACUUACAGAGCUACAGCAGAUUAACCUCUGCCACCGCCUGCCUGGUACACAGACUGGAUAAUGAGAGUAUAACCAGCUCCAGAGUACAGCUGUCUGUGUUCUGCGUAGCUUAUAUUCAAUGUGAGAGUAUGAAUCUUACACCUAGUCGGCCUUAGUGUUUGCUUAUGAAGCUCGUAGAGGCUGCGGUCUCCAUAGAGACUGAUGUAAUACUGAUGUGAGCUACUCAUUUCUGUCCCAGAGGCCACUCAAGAAUGCUGCCUCUACUUAUGAAGCUAUUUGUGCCUUGAACUGAAACCCAAUGGAUCGAAUGGCGCCGCAGAGGCAGACCUGGAUCGUUUUAAUCGUUGUUUAUCUGUGUGUCCAAAGAUGAAGAGCAUGGCAGCCUUUAGAUCAGUACAGCAGAUACUGUAAGGUACAGCACAGAGGAGCACCAAACUCCACUCUUCAACACUGUUAAAUUAUUAAGACACUUAAUAAAUUCUGAUUUAUA